GAUGCUCUUCACCGCCACGGUGACGGAUUUCCUGGCCAUUGACGCCGUCAUCUACCGCAGCCUGGGGGACAGCCCGACCCUCCGCACCGUCAAACACGACUCCAAAUGGUUCAAAGAGCCCUACUUCGUGCACGCCGUGGAAUGGAGGAGCCACGUCUACUUCUUCUUCCGGGAGAUCGCCAUGGAGUUCAACUAUCUGGAGAAGGUGGUGGUGUCCCGGGUGGCCCGGGUGUGCAAGAACGACAUGGGGGGCUCGCAGCGGGUGCUGGAGAAGCAGUGGACCUCCUUCCUCAAGGCCCGGCUCAACUGCUCCGUGCCGGGCGACUCGCACUUCUACUUCAACGUUAUCCAAGCCGUGACGGACAUCCUGGAGCUGGAUGGGCGCCCCGUGGUGCUGGCCGUCUUCUCCACGCCUGCCAACAGGUCGGACCCUCUUGCGCCCCGCUGA